GUGGAAAUUUCCACUGCAGCAGUUUCACUUUUCUUUUCCUUUUUUUCCUUGCGUCCUCCCUCUGUCCCUCAGUAAGAGCUGAGGAUGAAGCUGAAGGUCGGACUGAAGACCCUGUGACGCUCCACAGCUGCAUAAACAAAUGCAACACACCACAGCCUCUAUAGCUGAAGCCAGUGGUGUAGUGGUGGCAGGAGAAACUUGAUCUCAGUUUUCUGGUCUCUGGUUGGAGGAUCAGAGAUCAGAGACCUCCAUCAUGGGCACCGCUGACCAGCUGCUGGACCAGAUGUUCUUCUGGCUCGAGCAGAGGGAGCGCUGUGCAGAGAAGCUGAGGAAACUGGCCAAAGAGCUGGAGUCACUCAGGGAGAAAUGCAACAUCAGAGAAUUUGUUGGAAGCACAGCAUUGGUAGUUGGAUCUGCAUGUUUGUUUGCAACUGGUGUGGCCACUUUUGUCACCGGUGGUGCAGCUGCUCCACUUUUAGUUACAACAGGAGCAGUGUUUUCAGGUACAGGUGUCACCAUAUCUGUGACUUCUAAAAUGAUUGAGCACUUCUCAUCCAGCAAAACCAUGAAAGAGGCGCAGAGGAUAGAAGAGAUGAGCAACGAGGUUGCAGAAGAAAUCCAGAGACUGUUUGAUGAACUGAGGGCGAACAGUUCCUCUGCAGAUCCGGAUGAAGUGGACCAACACGUCUUCACUGAAAUUCUGAGAGCUAUGGCCAGACGAAGUGGACUGCAGGGGCAGAUCAAUAUCAACAGGGUUAAUAACCAGCUGCAGGUUUCUUUUGAUGCAGGACCAGGAAACACGAGGCUCAACCAGGCACUCUUAAACCGUCAAACAAUAGUUGGAGUUGCUAUUAUUUUAACAUUUUUCUCAUUUAAGCUUAGUGGGACACAAUUUAGACGCUUCCUUACUGAAGGAGCUAAACAACUGAUCAAACAAAUAAGUACAUUUAGUGUUAUAAGACUGGACCGGAUCAUCAAAUCUGGUGCAAAAACACUCCUCAAAAAAAUACCUUCAAAAGUUCUUAAAGGAGGUGUCAUGGUUGUGGGAGGAGCUGUUGGACUGGCGAUUGAACUUCCUGAGGUGAUUGAAAACUGGAAAAAGCUGAUUGAGAACAAUCAUGUGACUGAAGCCAGCCAAUUACUGAGAGAUACAGCUGAUGACAUUCUAGUGACCUGCCGGACGCUGAGGGAACAGUUUAACAGCAUCAGACAGAUGUUUGACGCGAUGGCCGUACCUCACUAGGAAAAGUUUUCCAGAUGGAAAACUGAUGUGCUGUUGGUGAUUUUUGCUUAGUUUUCAGCAAUCACAGAGACAACAUUAUUACGACAAUCCAGCUCAAGACAAAGAAUAAAAAAAUUAAAGAUCAUUUUCGUGUUUUUUAGUUUAUUUAAACCCACUUAGUGUUUUAGCUGGGCCUCGUGUAUCCCGACACUCUUUUGGUGACAUCCAACUCUUGUUGUUGAGUUUGAAUGCAUUUAUUUUCACAAGCAACCUGACAGACAGUCGAGCUUCAAUGUUUAAUAUAAAUAAAAGAUUGUUUAUAUGGUAAAAAAUUAUAUGUGUUUGUCAGGAAGCUGUAAACAAAUUGAGUUUGUGUAUUAGAGUUGUAGUUACCUGAGCCUGGAAACACCCUGAAUGAAAAUGAUGUUUGCUGUUUAAAUUCACAUGAAGCUAACAGUUAUUGUAAACACAAUCUUUAGUUAUCCUGAAACAAACAGGGACUCUGAGCACUGCUGUGAUCUCCUUUCAUCUGAUAAUCAUGAUACUGAUCAAUACAAGUGUGACUAACUUUAUCUUUAUUAUCUUUAUAAAUGUUUCAUAUAUAUCCUGUAGGGACAACUUACACAUUCAUUAAAUGAUCUUCAUGUUAUUAUCAGUUGCUAGGCAGAGUUGAGCUUUAACACAAACUGCUGAGUAAAGAGGAGGGACGACAUUUCAUUUCUAACUUUCAUCCAUUUCUGGGAACAGAAUUCCACAAGUUUUAAUGAUUGCGUUUCUUCUCCUGCUUCAACUUUCUGUCCUGAUUUUCUAAAUUGCUAAAUUCAAUAAAACUUGUAUUUUCUUGUU